UUCCCUAGCCCAACAACCAGCGGGUAAAGAUCGGCAACCCCGGAAUUAAUAGCGUCCAAUUUUCUUGCCUGUACGUGACAGCUCAUUCAGUGAAUUUGAAUAAAUUCAUACAGUUCCGCUAGCGUAAACAGUCGAGAGAACUCGUUGAGAAUCAAAUUAACAUGUCUCUUACGUUUGCUCAAAGAGGGAGACCACCGCCUUCACCUGCUCAGAUCCAAAAGCUAUUGGAUGAAAAUAGUCAACAUAUAAUGACAAUUCAGGACUACCAAGCCAGGGGAAAGACACAUGAGUGUUUACAGGUCGAACAGAUACUCCAUCGUAAUCUGGUCUACUUGGCAUCAGUUGCUGAUCCAGCUCAGAACAUUCAGACACUUCUUCCUCCCCCUCAAGGUAUGCCAAAUACACCAGGCAAUCCCCCACAAGCAACUGGCCCAAAUAAUCAGGAUUCUGCAUCACCAUCUCCAGCCAAUUCCCAGCAAGGUGGACCACAAGGUCCACCAGUAUCAUCAUAUGGAGGACAACCACCAACAAAUCAACCAGGACCAUACAGACCACCAAUGAUGCCUGCUGGACAACAACCAGGUCCUCAAGGCCCACAGCAGCCUGGGUAUCCUUAUAAUGGGCCACAAUCACCACACACCUAUGGUCAACAACCACAGCAGCAACAAUAUCGUCCCCCUGCACCUCAACCAAACUAUGGACCUCAAUAUCCCCAGUAUGGUGGACAGCCCCCAGCACAGUACCCUAACCAACCAUACAACCCAGCUCCCCAGCCAGGUUAUCAGAAUCAACCCUAUGGUGGUCAAUCUGCACCUCCUCAACAACAACAGGGUUAUUACCCACCACAACAGCAACAACCAUACGGAUAUCCGCAGCCGGCCCCAUACGGGCCCCAACAGCCACAGGGUCAAAAUGCACCAGUAAAUCCGAUGCCAGGUUCUCCGGCUGCCCCGCAGUCGUCGGCUGCGUUUAACGGUCCUACGCCACCGACGUCCUCCGUCGCACAGGGGAGUUAUUCACCACCAACCGGUGCUACUCAACCGCCCCAGUCACAUCCUCCACAGCAACAUCCUUCCCAGCCUCACCCUCCCCAACCACACACUCCACAGCCACAUGCGCCUCAGUCGCAUACUCCUCAGCCGCAUACUCCUCAGCCCCAUCCGUCUCAACCCCAUCCGUCUCAACCCCAUCCGUCUCAACCCCAUCCGUCUCAACCCCAUCCGUCUCAACCCCAUCCGUCUCAACCCCAUCCAUCUCAACCCCAUCCAUCUCAACCCCAUCCAUCUCAACCCCAUCCAUCUCAACCCCAUCCAUCUCAACCCCAUCCAUCUCAACCCCAUCCAUCUCAACCCCAUCCAUCUCAACCCCAUCCUUCUCAACCCCAUCCUUCUCAAUCCCAUCCUUCUCAGCCCCAUCCUUCUCAGCCCCAUCCGUCUCAGUCCCAUCCACCUCAACCACACCCUCCUCAACCCCAUCCAUCGCAGCCCCAUCCAUCUCAACCCCAUCCAUCGCAACCUCAUCCUUCUCAACAGCAUCCACCUCAACCACAUCCCCAACAGCAUCCUCCUCAACAACAUAUUCCGCAACAGCAUCCUUCACAACCGCACCCUCAACAUCCCCCGCAACAACAUCCUCAACAUCCUUCUCAACAGCAUCCUUCUCAGCAACAUUCUUCACAACAGCAUCCUUCCCAACACCCUUCUCAACAACAUCCAGCCCAACAUCCAUCUCAGCAUCCGCCGCAACACCCGAGUCCGCAACAACAUUCUCAACAGAGAAGCUCUCCGAGUCCAGCGACCCCAACACAAGCACAACCAAUGUAUAGCCAACCGGCAACUGGAGGAACAAGUCCUGCUCCAGGACCUCCACACAAUCCCGGACAACCAUCCCACAAUCAAGCACCGGGACCUCCACAUAGCCAAGGCCCGCCUCAUAAUCAAUCGCAGCAGCCUCAGCCUUCCUAUAAUUAUGCAGGUGGACCACCCGGUGGCUAUCCACAUUCGCAACCAGCAGCUCCAUAUCCAUAUGCCAAUAGCAUUCCACCUGGAGCUCCUCUGCCACCGCAGCAGCCUGUAUAUGGAGCACCACCAGCUGGUCAUCCUCAGCCAGGCGUGCCACAAACAGGUCCGUAUUCGACUCCUGGACCCGGCCAUUACGCUCCACCGCCUAAUCAGCCUGCCUACGGGGCACCAGGAGGACCACAGCCAUAUCCUCCCAUGCAGCCGGCUUAUGGAGCUCCUCAAGGCCCCCAACCAUAUGGCCCUCCGGCUCCUUCUGGUUACCCACCAGUACCAAAUGCCCAGCAGCCUGGUGCGCCUCAUGGUUAUCCUCCCGCUGGCUACCCAGCUCCAGGACCACCACCGCCUAACUCGUACGGACCAUAUCGUCCUCCCGGUCCGCCUCAGCAGCAGUAUCCCGGAUAUGAACAACCUCGCUAUCCAGCGUACCAACCACCACCUUAAUUUCUUUAGCGAUUAUUAGCUGCAAGUGCAUUCUUUUGUAAGAAUUAAUUAUUGAGAAUCACUGUCAUGUGAGCUUGAAUACAAUACGUUUGUCAUGUC